AUGCCGUCUCAAUACAACUGCUUACAGCCGCAACCUCCCCUAUCGGCCGACGCCGAUAUAACUGGUCGUGGGGUGAUUGCAAAUUAUGUCGCGACCGCCGCGAUCGCAGUGCUGCUCAUUAUCAUAUAUUUCUUCGUGGUUUACGAGCCAGCUCUGGAUCCCUUUAGGAAGACAGACCAAGACCCUUUGGAUGAGUCGUUUCGUCCCAAACCAAUAGACAGGAUGAUUUUGCGGACUGUGCGGCAUAUACCUAAGCGGUUGAUGGGCGCUCGCAAGGUCAAUAUCAAUGCUCGAGUUGAGAAUGGCUUUAUUGAGUGCAUCCUUGCAAUGAGUGAUCUCCAGGUUGUAACUGGAAUUUCGAUACUCAUAAGUGGAUAUGCGCAACUUCCACAGGGCCUUUCAUCCUUCCACUGGAUGGUUAUCGUCGACCUGGCCUGGUUUUCCUGUCUUACUCAUUUGGCUUGCCUAACACUUCUCCGCAACCAUCUGUACAAUCAUUCGCUUCAGCGCAUAUGGAGGCUGCUCUGUAUGGCUAUUCUUAUCAUACUGCUUACCGUGGCGCUCUCAUUCACAGGAGGGUAUGAUUGGACUGCCUUCGAAGAAUGGGGCUGGAAAAGUCAGGUGGCACUGAAUAUGAUUGAUCCCGCGAUGUGCCAUUUGAGCCCCAACUCAAGGUCAAGCAUGGCAUACUACGGUAUGAUUUUCUCGAUACUGCUGAUAGUAUUCGGGUUUGUGGUCCGUAUAAUCAAGCUACAUAAGACCAUCUCUGUCGAGGUUUGGGAAAAAGCUACAGCUAAGCUUAGCAUGCAAGUCAGCCAUUUAUCAAGCACUACUUUUGCUUGGUGCUGCUUGAAUAGCUCCCCCAAGAGCCUGAAACGUACCCUUAUCUACCGUCCUCUGCUGACGACCCUUUUGGUGGCACGUCUAUUCCUAGAUGGGUGGUCCUCGAUGUUUUUCGAAGUGUGGUGGCUAAUAUUCAGCUUUAUUUGGGGUACCAUCCGUUUAUUCGGAGUACUGGCCGCCAUUCAGGCGACCGUGUAUCUGGAUCACCCAACACACGGGACGUCAAGACCUUACAAAGUGGCGCAGGACUCCGAUGAGAGGGAUAGUGACUGGGAGUUUGGACAGGUUGUGGCGCUUGUCUUACUACUUGCACCUCUGAUCACAAUCAUUAAAUACUUCAAUCACGGUACUCCCUACACGUUCAAUGCUCCAAAAGUUACUGACGGGAUAUUAUUAGAUGGUAAACAGGCCCCCGACUCCCCCGAGGUAGUCACAGGCUGCAGUGAUGAUACUACUUGCAUAUUAUCAUCUCAUUCUGCGUCUCAAUCGAUUUGUCUGACUAUUCCUCCUUUCACGCAUGAAACCUCUAGUCAGCCAGAUAACUCCAACAGCAGCAAGUGGGAUGAUCAUACCCAAACUCUCGGCGCAGCAAUAAUCUAUUUCAUGCUCAUGUGCGCUUUCAUCUUGAUAACACUCAGCAUGACUCGCGGCACAGGCAACCCUCUAAAGUACUGGAAGGAACUAUACCUACCUGUCGUCAUCGCAUUAAUUGGCCUUUGGGGGGUGGUUUUGUUUUCAUUGACUAUUGAAUUAGAUCUUUCCUAUAUGCCUUUAUGGGCUCAACGACUCAUCCACCUGGUCAAUAUUCUGUUUUUUCUAUCUAGUGCGACUAGCUCCCCUUUUCGAGGGGAUCCACUUGGCUAUUUCUUGUUCUUGAUAUCCGCCGUUGUAUUUUACAUCUUGUAUGCUGUCUUCUAUCGGAUUCUGGAAUCGAUCUCUUCGAGAACAAGUGGGUAA